GAAUCAUCUCAUUCUGGCCGGAGACUUCAAUGGCCAGCUCCCGCAGGCUGGUAUGCAGGUGGGUACGGCCACCAUUGUGCGCAACGCGGGUGAUGUUGUUGAUGACAUGCCCAGGGUUCUGGCGAUGCUGGGUUUCCAUGAGCUCACCGCUCUGAAUACUUGGCGUGGUCCUCGGAGCGCAAUGCACACCUAUUCUAUGGGGAGCUCGGCAACGCAAAUUGACUUUAUCAUCACGGCUUCUGAGGCAGCGGAUGGUCUCUCCAAGCAGUGCGUCCCACUCUCAGAUUUCCCAGUUGGAGCAUGGAAAUUGGAUGGCUUGCACAGACCCCUGAUCUCCAGCAUCCGGAGCGACUUUAGAGUCUGGAAGGCCCGCAGUCGCCAAAAGCGCAAUCCACUUGCCACUUCAGCUCUUCUGACAGACCCAGCCAAACGUGAAGCACUGCGAGACCGAGUUCGUAGCGCUCUCAACUCCUCGAACAUUGACGCUACAUUCCUGAAUCAAAUCCUGAUUGAUGCUGGCAAGGCUGUUCUACCUGCUGAUGAUCGUCGUGCGCGCCAAACUUAUCAUACUCAGGACAUGGUUAGAGGGCCUAUAUGCAGAUUAUGGCAGUGCUGGCAAUCAUUCAAAUCCAUCAAGGGUACCAGUUUGACUCAUGUUCUGCAAUCCUGGAGGGCUCUCACCUCCUUCAGACAGCAGAAACGGGCGGUUCAGAAGGCCAGUAGGCAAAUCCGGAAACAGUUUGUGGAUGACACGCUGAAACAGGCUGUGUCAUAUGGAUUACAACACAACAUCAAGGGUGUCUACGAUCUGGUGAGGAAGCUCGCGCCCAAGCAGGUUAAGCUCAGAAUUCAAAUUCGGGAUGAGCAUGGAAAGCUUCUCACUCCUUCGCAGGAACUGGAGGAGCUUAGAAUCUACUACACAUCCCUUUUCUUUCAGGGAGUGCAACCGCCUUUGGUUGGUAGCUCACAGGGACUGCAAUUCACGACUCCAGACAUCUCUGCAAUUCUGAACAAAGUUCCAUUCCACAAGGCUUCGCCAGCUCAUUGCGCACCUGGUGCGCUAUGGAAAGUGUGCUCGGAUCUGAUUGCGCCGCACUUACAACUGUAUAUGGAGCAGCUCAUGCAGCAGGUCCCGGUCAAGAUUCCAUCAUUAUGGAAGGACGCGUGGCUGGCGCUCCUGGCAAAACCGCAGAAGAAGACAAAACGACCGGAAACGCUGAGGCCAGUGGGGUUACAAUGUAUGGGGGGCAAGGCUAUGAUGCGACUCAUUUGUGACAGGUUAAAACCAUAUGUGCAGUCCUAUGCCACCGGCACUCCGCAAAUGGCCUAUUUACCUCAGCGUGAAGGUGCAUAUGCUUUGUUGAGGGCCUUCUCGCACUGCCGCAAUGUCAGGGACCUUGUAAGAUCACAAGUCAGGACGGUUUUUCACAUGCGACAAGGCGUGCAGAAGCAAGAAUUUGUCGGUGGAUGCUGCCUAAGUCUAGACCUUAGCCAGGCCUUUGAUCGCAUACCAAGAACGCUAGUGAUCCUCUCACUCCGUGAAGCAGGAGCACCGGAAGCAUUGAUCAACCUCGUCACAGCUUGGCACCUGGAUUCCAGGUACCAUAUCAAUCACGGAGGCGCCUCUGCCACUAUUCCGGUAGAUCAGGGUAUCCGCCAGGGCUGUGUGCUUGCACCGUUGCUAUGGUCUUGUGCUACGGUCUACCUGCUCAAAAGAUUGGAUCAGCUGAUUGCACUGCGUACCGAAGGCAUGGACGGUGCUGACAGCAGUUGGAGCUCGGAAGGUAUCACUGCUUAUGCGGAUGACUUUCUUGCCUCCUGUGUUCUGCGCUCCAAAGGAGACCUCGCCUUGGCCCUGAUCCGCUUUCAAUGUAUCAUUGAAUUGUUACAGUCCCAUAACCUUGUGAUCAACUUCAAGAAAUCGGCUAUUCUUUUCAAGGUUGCUGGUACCCAGAGCACUGCGGUGAGGAAGCGCAUGGUGAGGCGCAAUUCAGAAGGGGAAUACAUCUCGCUUGAUGUUGCCGGCAACAAAACUUUGAUUCCGGUGGUGGAAAGGCAUGACUACAUGGGAAUGGUCCUGUCCUAUGACUCCUUCGAAGACCUCUCCUUUCAGAAGCGCUUUGAGGCGGCCGGUAAUAACUACAAGCGCCUUAAGAAGUUCCUGCACAGUCGCCUUCUUCCUAGGCAGCAGAGGGUUCGCAUGUGGUCAAUGUGCGUAUGGACCUCACUUUCCUACGGACUAAGCACAGUGGGCAUUACGCCUGCGUCAGCCGCUAGACUACGGGGCCUUACAGCUAGACAUUGGCGUGCCAUUGCUCAAUCACCCAGGCACCUCACUGGCGAAACCACUGAGGCGUUACAGGCUCGACUUGGCUUGAAGGAUCCCAUGGACAUGCUUGUGGACCUUUGUGCAUCGCUCCUAGACAGGCUCGGCACUGCUUCACAAUCUGAGUACAAUGGCAUUCUGGGCACGGGUGAAAUUUGGUUGCAAGCUCAGUGGGCCUAUGACAACAUAGUCAAACAACGUGAUUGUGAUCAAAGGUCGCACGUUAGGCUUGUGCAGAUUCCAGACGUGGAAGGCCUCCCAUGUGAUAUGUGUGGGCUCUACUUUCCAAAUGAGCGAGCACUGCGGCGCAGGGGCCACAUGGCCACGGAUCAGGAAAUUGCUUUCUUUCAGCACCUCCUGCCGAGCUACAUGGAGCAGAAGGGUAUCGAGCCGGUGGAAGCACUGGACAAGAGACCUCUCAAGUUCCCGAAGUCAGGAGGCAAGGACGGUGCGGAAGGCAAGGGCAAAGGCCAGGAACAGAACACAACGCACGGCAACAAGGGAUCCAGGCGUGGUUCCGGAAGGCGGGGCCAGAAGGAAUCAGGGGAGAGUCCGUCGCACAGGGAAGUAAUCAAGCUUCUGUCGGCCCUGACACUCAAGUUCGAGGACGAACUUUCUUUAAUCAGACUGGAUCGAGGCUUCGUGAUGUACCAGCGCACCCAGGCCACGCAAUCCAUUCUCAGCAUGAUGUUCGAGCUCAGCACGGAGUGGAGGCAACAGCAGAAGGAGGGCAAGGUCAAGUCCUCUUUACGCCUGACUCUCUUCAGGUGCUUCAUGACGGAGCUUCAGGCCAGGCUGGAUUCCAUGGACUACAAGCCGGAGGCAGUAGCGCAGAGCCUGCAAAUGCAGUGGACGGUGAAGGAUGCCGAGGAGAAGCUCAUGUGGCACUAUCUCAAGUACGAUGCGGACAAGAAGGAGGAGAUCCCAGACCAGGACAGGAAGCCCCUUCUUCAUCAGACGGCCAUGGAGGCAGUCAAGACCAUCAUCCAGUCGGCGAACGAGGACACACUUCACCGGUUCAAUGCGACUCGACCGAUGUCGGCCUCAUACGCGGGGGACACGCUUUGCUUUCUGAUCCAGGUUUCGCUUCGCGGUCAGGAGGCCCAGAUGCUACACGAAGCAUUGACAACACUGGCUCAGUCAGCGAUCCUCAACCUGAUGGGCGCCCGCAUCCGGAGGGAGCGCAUUCACAGGGCGCCCGGCGCAGUCAAGCUGUCCAAACUGCUGGGGAACAUGUCCGAACCUUGGUGCUGCUCAAUUCCUCCAAUGUUUGCUACCAAAACUCCUUCAUUCUUAGCAUCAUGUGGGCCUAUACACAUUGCUCAGGGACAGCUGAUAAUGCUGAUGCUCUCUUUGGAGGCGCCAUAA